CUUCAAAACUUAAAUCAUUUAUUGAACAAAAAGAUUUUGUAAAUUCAAUGUUUAAUAAUAACAACAAUUCAAAGAAUGAAUUUUAUAAAAGUAUUUUACUUGUCGCCCAAAAUAUGUCAGAUAUUUUAUUGGUUUGCCCAUCUGCUGCAUAUACUGCAUCUAUUCAACAUUUUGAAGAAGUAAACGAACAAUGUCGUCAAAUUCAACAAUUAUCUUCCACAUUCAUUAAAGAAAAGAAUUUGGAAUCUUUAAAUGAAAUAUGGAAAGAAUUGGAAAAUUUAGAAAAUUUAAUGUUGGGAUUACCUAAAGAAAAUGUUGAUUUGGAUGUUAAUACAGUUGGUAAACAAUUGGAAGAAGAAAUGAAUUGUAUGACUGAAGCUAUAGCUGCUGCUGUUGAACAUAUUAAUGAAUUACAAAAGAAAAGUCGUGAAACAAAUAUUGGAAUAAAAUUGGAAGUAAAUGACAAAAUAUUAAAUUCUUGUAAUGAAUUAAUGGGUGCCGUUAGAGAAUUGGUAAUAAAAAGUAAAGAAGUUCAAGAAGAAAUUGUUUCUAAUGGAAGAGGGCAGGCUACACCAAUUGAAUUUUAUAAAAGAAAUCAUUUGUGGACUGAAGGUUUAAUUUCUGCUGGUAGAGCUGUUGGUGUUACUGCAACUGAAUUAGUGAAAUCAGCAGACAAAUUAAUAAUGGAAAAAGGUGGCAAAUUUGAACAUUUGAUAGUUUCUGCUGGUUCUGUUGGUGCUAGUGUUGCCCAACUUUUUGUUUCUUCACGUGUAAAGGCAGAUAAAAAUUCUCAAAAAUUGGUUGGACUUGGAAAAGCUUCAAAAGAUGUAAAUAAAUGUACAGCAAAUUUAGUUGGAAUUGUUAAACAAGGACAACAAUCACUUGGGGAAGAAAAAUUACUCGAUUUUUCAAAUCUUUCAUUGCAUGAAACUAAAAAGGAGGAAAUGGAGUCACAAGUGCGUGUUCUUGAAUUGGAAGCGGAAUUGUCUAGGGAAAGGCUUCGAUUCGCAGCAUUGCGAAAGCAACAUUUUCAUAUUGCUCAGUUAGUCUCUAAUAACCAGGAAAAUGGAGGUGGUAAUGGAGAGACUGACACCUCACCACCUGAGUCUUGAUUUACUUUUUUUUAAUUUAAGAGAAUCUCCCAAAUUCGUAAAAAUUUAUAUUGGGUGUUUUUGGAUAUUGAGAAAAAUGUUUAUUUUAAGAUUUUUUUUAAAUUUUUUCUAAUUUCGAAAUUUCGUAUUUUUACGAAACUUCGUGAAUUUCGCUUUUUUCGAAAUUUCUUUUUUUUCGAAUUUCUUCCUCUUCUCAUUUUUCUCUUAAAAAGUGUAGCA